GAUCGUUUGUGGGGGAGCACAGCCUUACAGCUGGACAUGGAUCGCCGGUGCCCCUCGUCUCUGUUUUGGAUUUAAUUCCGACUCUGCCGUCUCCCCCUCCUCCUCCUCCCGUCUCCAGCUGAGGUGUGAGCGCAGAGAACAGGUGGAUCCUGUCUGCGUGCCUGUGUGUGUGUGUUUGCGCGCGCGCCGUUUAAUCUCGUCUUUAUGGGGAACCAGGUGGAGAAACUAACGCACAUCAAUUACGCGGAGGUACCGACGUCGGACCCGAACGGCUUCGAUCCGGACGGCGACGGAACGCGGAUCGGCGUCUCCUACAUUUUCUCCAACGACGACGAUGACCAGGACCAGGACGACAACCUGGACCACUUCCCGCCGGACAGCCGGCAGGUGAGCCACGAAGAGAAGCCCUUCGACCCGGACGACGAGCUGGAGUGCGUCGUCUACUACCGAGACGAGUGCGUCUACGAGCGGAGCUCCGGAGCCGCGUCCGUCUCCCCGGAGAGCCUCCUGGCCAAUUGCAGACCGGGCGACCUGCUGGAGUUCGUGGCCACCGGCCAGUACCCGCACUGGGCCGUUUACGUCGGCGACUUCCAGGUGGUUCACUUGCACCGCGCCGAGGUCAAGAACAACUUUCUGACCGACGUGAGCCAGGGGAAGAAGGGCAGGAUAGUGAACGGCCUGUACCGGCACCGUGCGCUCCCGCCGGAGGUGAUCGUGCGCAACGCCAUGGAUCACGUCGGAACCAGAGACAGGGACUUGUGCUGGAGGAACUCCGAGUGUUUCGCGGCCUGGUGCCGCUUCGGGAGGCGGGAGUUCAAAAUCGGGGGGGAGAUACGGAUCGGGAAGCAGCCGUACAAGUUAAAACUGCUCUUCUCCGAGAAGAAGAGCCACGUGUUGGAGUUUCAGUGCCUGGAGGACGUGAUCAUGGAGAAGCGCAGGAACGACCAGAUCGGCAAAGACGCCGUGAUGCAGGAGCUGGCCAACCAUCUGAAUGCCACGCACGACCUCAAAGAGGAGCGCUUCCUAAACUGAUGGGUUUGUCCUGGACGUAACGAAGGAGAUGUUGGCCGGGAGGACGUGUGCUGGCGUCGAGGGAGAGCUCUGUUACCUCUUUAUGCGCCAGUGUAGAGAGGCUGUUUCACUCUGCCACAGGAUGUGCAGAAGAAAGGAGGGAGGAGGUGGAAAGUUUAUCUUCACAAACUUUGAUAUCUGGAGCAGCACUUGCUCCAUUCUCAAGUGCUUUAGCAAGGAAGCUCUCAAGGCUUGAGAAGAAUAUUCAAUACCCUAAUUUGCACUGGCAAGUUAAAAUAACACAACACCCCCUCCCCCACUCACCCAAAAAUAGCCUAAGUUCCUCCCUCCUCUCUUUAAAUUACCUCAACCGCAAUUUCCACUGAGUUACUGUGAUGAAUUUGCAUGAGAUCAACUUGCAGCCUUAUCUGUUAGGAGGAAAAUGUAAGAUUUAAACGACCCUUGAAUCUUUGCAACACUCGUGAGGAACCCCUCCUUUGUGACCCGAGACCGAGUUCUCCAAGUGUGUGUUGCCCGUCGUAAAACUCAGGUGCCGGAUACUGAUGCAGAGUGAGAGACGACCUGUAGCUUUUAUCACUGUUUUCUCUCAGUGUUAAGGAUUCCCAUGUGUUGCUUUAUAGCCAGUCAUCUCACAGCUUUACCUGUGGACCUUCCUGUUCAUAGCCAUAAUUGUGCACCUUUAAUGAUUCGCCACUUUUAACAGUUUAUUUUUCUUGACAAAACUAAAACGAAAAUCAUGUUUGUAUGAAGGCUUAUGGAAUAAAUUUAUAUUUGAAGAUUAA